UGUUUGUCAAGUUUAUUACGUUUCAGAAAAACAGUGAUUAUGUUGUGAUAAUGUUACAAAACAUUGAGUAAGUGUAACCGCUAUUUUUUAACGGCAUGGUGAAAUGAUAUGUGAAACGAUACGGCUUGUUGCUUGUAUUAAUUUGCUGCGGUCCGGCGAAAAUUGAAAGUACGAAAAAUUGGCGGCACCUCCAAAGGGACCCCGCGUAUCGGCAGCUCAAACCACUCUGCUUGUUGAGUUAAUGGAGCAGCACCCGUACUUGGCGAGAGGCGCCACAAGCCUCUCCCCAAGUAUGAGUGCUGCGCAUAAAAAAGCGUUGUGGAACGAGCUGACUGCCGCGCUCAACGCGCUAGGGCCGGCUGUAAAAACAGCCCGGCGCUGGCGCCAGUAUUGGGCGCGAAUUGUGCACAUGACAAAACUUGCCGCGCAAGUUGGGUCGGAGAAGAGGUGAGCCUGCAGCUAUCAACAUACUUCGGAACGUAAGCUCACUGUGUUCAUGUUUUUGCAGGAAAACCGGAGGAGGCAGGUUGGGCGGGCUGGAGGGCCGUGUGAUGGACGUGUUGAGCCAGACCGGCCCAGGCUACGCGCCGGUCGAUUUUUUCGCUGAUGACGCCGAGCAGGCAAGCUCCAGCGAGGAAGAGGCCGCUGCCGCCCAUGUGCCUCUCCCGACAGCCCCAUCCCAAGUGUCCGUGGGCACAGAGCCGGGGACGAGCGGCACUGCACGACCAUCAACUCGGCAGCAGCCCCGAAGACCGCCUCGGCAGCAUCAGCCGCUAGAGGAUGCGGCCUGCAGGGCAGCAGAGGAAUGCGCGAGGCAGGGGCAGCUGGCGGAGGCUGCAAACGUGGAGGCUGUCGCCUUCCACCAGAUGCUUCUUGAGCAACACAGACAGCAUCAUCAACAACUGGUGGAGGAGAUGAGGGCCUCCCGCGUGGUGCAGCAGCAGUUGGCAGUGGAGACGAGGGGUUUGCGAGAGGCGACUGCCCUCAUCGCAACCACCUUGCGCCAGCUCGUGGCUGCCCUCGCCCGUAGCCUCCACGAGCCACCUCAGCCGUAG